AUGUUUCGCAUGCACAAGACCCUCGAUGUCAUAACCUUGUUCCAUACGCCCUCGAUACAAGCUUCAACACGUAUUGCGACACUCUUGAAGCAGGCAUCAGCUCAAUCUCAAGAGCAGGCAACAGAGGACCAAGCUUCCGAUCACUCUCACCAAAAUUCUCCCAGAGAUCCUUUCGAGCUCGAUAUCACAGAAGCUCCACCUACAAAGGACCAAUUGAAAAGCAUAUUCGAGUAUGUGGGUGGAUCAAAGGCUGCACAACUCGUCAAGGGUGCAAGCAGUCAGUCGGAUGCUCUGAGGAAGCUGCAGGAGAAUCCCGACAACUUUUUAAGGCCGGUGGUUGUCGACUGGAACCGGGGCAAAGCAGUGGUGGGAGACAACGAAUCAGCAAUUCUAAAGCUGGUGAAGGAGCAGCCGAAAGAAUCCUGA